AACCUGAGGAAGAACAAUCAGUGUAUGACGGCGGCGGCGACCGUGACGACGUCCUUUCAAUCCCAUCGGGAACAGGAAGAGCUGAACAUACGCCUUGUCACCGAGGACGAUGCCCUGCUCAUGAAGAACGUCAAGUUCGAUCGAGUCUCCCUGCAGGCCCUCGGCAUGGACGACGUGCAACUUUGCGACAAGAGCCAAUACGCCCCGAAAGCGAAGGAUGUGGUGUGUGCGUGCUGCAAGAAGAAGCUUCUGUUUUACGGCAAACACAAUUGCCGUGUGUGUGGUGACGUCGUGUGCGGCCAGUGCUCCACGCAUCGCAUCAAGUCGAAGGCGCAGAUGAAGUCCAUUCGAACGUGCAACAAGUGCUUUAUGUAUAACCUUCAGCUAUUCAAUCGACGGCUGCAAGACAAGGGCGAUAUGGUGCCGCUGAUGCCGCUGCGGCGGCGAGCCAAUACGGAGACGCUCCCUCUGCCCGACACCACGUCCAUGCCAUCCUCCGAGGCGACAGUCGCACCUGUUGCACCAUCGAAACCGCCAGCUGCCAGCAAGCUAGCGACCCCUGUCAGUUUCCUGGUGUAUGCCACAGCAUGUAGCAUACUCGUCUGUACAUUCGUCGCGCUCGAAGUGACGGUAGACACCGCUUUAUUUCUCUGUGCAGUGGCCAUGGUGGCGUUCGUGGGCCUCCUGCAACUAUUAAGUUAACUUAUUUCAUCAUUUUUCCCGCAUUUGCC